GACCCAGCCGGGCCGAGCUAGGGACCAAGCGGGCAAGCCGGGAACCCAGUCCGAACCACAGGGCUCUCGGAUGUGGCCAGUGUCAAGAUGAGUGUCACGUCCUGGUUCCUGGUGAGCAGCAGUGGUGCCCGCCACCGGCUCCCACGUGAGCUCAUCUUUGUGGGGCGUGAGGAAUGCGAGCUUAUGCUGCAGUCCCGCAGUGUGGACAAGCAGCACGCUGUCAUCAACUACGACAAGGACAGAGAUGAGCACUGGGUCAAGGACCUGGGCAGCCUCAAUGGGACGUUUGUGAAUGACAUGCGCAUCCCAGACCAAAAGUACGUCACACUGAAGCUCAAUGACGUCGUACGCUUUGGCUAUGAUUCCAACAUGUAUGUGCUCGAGCGCGUGCAGCACCGUGUCCCUGAGGAGGCACUCAAGCAUGAGAAGUACACCAGCCAGCUGCAGGUGAGCGUCAAGGGCUUGGCACCCAGGAAGGGCGAGGUGCUGCUGGACAACACACCCUACUGUGAGCCAUUGAACCCCAGGCCAGAGAAGGGGGACCGGAAACCAGCAGCAGAGGCAGCAGCUUACCGCACACCCCUGUACGGGCAGCCUUCCUGGUGGGGCGAGGACGAUGGCAGCACACCACCUGAGGACCCUCGCCAGGAGGAGCCCUGCCCAGAGCGUCCCAAGGAGCCAGCACGGCAGAAUGGGGACCUGGACGGCCUCCGUGCCCCUGUUGAGCCUCAGGGAUGCUCGAUCAGGAGGGAGUCCAGCUACUUUGAGAUCCCCACAGAGGAGGCCCCUCAGCCACCACGGCCCCCCACUGAGGAUGUGGGUAUGGGAGGGGCAGCCCCAGUGGUGCAGAGCCACGCCUCUUUCACCAUUGAGUUUGACGACUGCAGCCCUGGCAAGGUGAAGAUCAAGGAUCACAUCACCAAGUUCUCCCUGCGCCAGCGGCGACUCCCGGGCAGGGAGGCCACUCCUGUGGAGAUGGUCUCAGCUGAGACCAAGGUAGCUGACUGGUUGGUGCAGAAUGACCCAAGCUUGCUGUGCCGGGCUGGCCCAGGGGAUGACCGCCACAGCACCAAGAGUGACCUGCCCAUCCACACUCGCACCCUCAAGGGCCACAAGCACGAGGAUGGUACACAAAGUGACUCAGAGGACCCCCUGGCUAAGGCAGCUGGGACAGCUGGGGUGCCCCCAGAGUCCGGCGGGGAACAGGUGCGGCUGCAGAGGCAAAUCAAACGGGACCCCCAGGAGCUGCUGCACAACCAGCAGGCUUUCGUCAUCGAGUUCUUUGAUGAGGACACACCCCGAAAGAAGCGCUCCCAGUCCUUCACACACGUCCCAUCUGGGGACCUCAAGGCUGACAAGCGCCGAGGCCCAGGGCUGGCUGAGAGGGACCGAGCUGGCGCUUCCACCCCAGCCCGGGCAGCAGGUGCCAGCUCAGGACCACAGAGGGCUGGCUCUCUCAAGCGAGAGAAGACAGAGGAGCGGCUGGCUAGCCCCUCGCCUGCUGCCCGGGCCUCUGCCCGCCCCUUUGGCAGUGUGGGACGCCGCUCUCGCCUGGCCCAGGACUUCAUGGCCCAGUGUGUGCGUGACAGCUCCCCGGCUACCCGGCCCAGCCCUGAAAAGGCACCUCCAGCAUCCUCUACACCCCUAACGCCUCGUGUGGCCAGCCCCAUAGCCCCUCCAACUCCACCCCCAACCCCCGCCGACCCUCAGCUGACCAAGGCACGCAAACAGGAGGAGGAUGACAGCCUCAGUGAUGCAGGGACCUACACUAUUGAGACAGACGCGCAGGACAAGGAGGUGGAGGAGGCUAGGAAGAUGAUUGACCAGGUCUUUGGGGUGUUGGAGUCCCCUGAACUCUCCAGGGCGCCUUCAGCCACUUUCCGUCCAGUCAUCAGAGGGGACAAAGAUGAUUCUGGCGAUGGGGGCAUGGCCCAGCGCGUGGUGCCGCUGCAGGGGUUUGCCUCCCGGUCGUUGGGUAUAGCCCCCCAGGUGGAGCACCAGGGCCUCCAGGCGCCAGGCUCCCCAGGAGCUCAGAGGUGGGUGUCCCGCUGGGCCAGCCUAGCCGAUGGCUACUCAGACCCAGGCCCUGCAGAAGACAGCGUGGGGCCCCGAGCUGAGGAGGCCGAGGGGGCCCUGCCUGUGCGCACGCGCCGACGGCUCCCUCAGCUACCCAGUGACAGGGCAGGUAGCCCUGCGGGCCCUGAAGCCACCAGGAGGAGUGGGCUUGGGCCACCAGAGCUGGGCAUUGAGCAGGCAAGCCACCUCUUAGGCCGGGAGGACUUGGAUCCUGACAGCCUCAGUGAUGCCAGUGGGUCAGAUGGAGGCCGGGGCCCUGAACUGGGGGCAGAGCAGCCAGAGAAACUAAGGAGCCCCCAGGAAGGGACAGCAUGGAGCAGGGGUCAGUGCUCACCAAGGACCCCUGGGGAGCUGGCACCCACAUCUUUUUACAUCGGGGACCAGAACGGGGAGGUCGCCCUGUCCAGGAAACCGCGUGUGGCUCCACGGGAGGUGGAGGGGCCAGGACAGGCAGCCCAGCCCAGCUCCCUGGUGCGGGACGGCGUGUAUGUCAGCACCAGUGGGAGGAUGGUCAUUCAGCUGCAGACUGGGAGGUCCCCGGAGCCCGAUGGCCCCAGCCCGGCCCUGCCCAAGGAGGCCCUGGGCUUCAUCAGGCAAGAGAGCUUCACCAAGGAGCCGGCCAGUGGGCCCCCGGCACCCGGGAAGCCCCCGCACAUCUCUAGCCACCCCCUUCUGCAGGACCUGGCUGCGGCCCGGGCUGCACGCAUGGACUUCCACUCCCAGGACACCCACCUGAUCUUGAAGGAGACCGAGACUGCUCUGGCGGCCCUGGAGGCCCGGCUGCUCUCCAAGUCCCCAGAAGCAGAGUGUGAGGGGGGCAGCACCCCCAGGCCACCUGAGGACUCCCUAUCUGGGGACUCGGACGUGGACACGGGCAGUACUGUCAGUCUGCUCAGUGGCAAGAAUGGACCAAGCCAAACAGCCCCUCAGCCCUUGGGUCCACAGAAGAUGCUGUCCCCACCAGGAGCACGGGACCCAGGAAGUGCCAUCCUAGGCUGUACUCGAGAGCGGGUCCCAGACAAGCAGCAUCGCCCGCUGGGCCCUACAGACACAGGCCGUGGAGAGCCAGUGCGACGCCCCGCUGUGCGGCGUGGCCAGGGGUCCCGGGGGUCCAUGGAUUGGCCUGAAGAGGAGUGUGACUCCAGACCUAGCCCCUCUCCGAGCUCAGAUAUGAUUGCCUCCAACCACGAUACCUCUAACACCACUGGGGCAGGGAGGCCAGGGCCUCGCCGGAAACCUGUGGUGCCCCCGCCGUCCCCAGCUGCCCGGGAGGAGCAGAGCCGCAACUCAGUGGGCACCCAGAAGGGGCAGCAGACUCUGACCCGCUCCAACAGCCUGUCCACCCCACGGCCCACACGGGCCUCUCGGCUGAGGCGGGCCCGCCUGGGGGAUACCUCAGACUCUGAGGCUGUGGAUGGUGAACGGGGGGCUCCGGCCAACCCUGAGCCGGCAGGCCGGCCAGCCACUGAGCAGACCAAGAAGUUGUCACGUCUGGACAUCCUGGCCAUGCCCCGGAAGCGGGCCGGCUCCUUCACAGGGCCCAGUGACCCCGAGGCAGCCUCUACCCGCACUAGCUUCUCUGGCCGCAGUGCUGAGUUGUAUUGUGCCAGCCGCAAGCCCACAAUGGCCGAAGCUCGGGCCGCUGCGAGGAAGGCUGCUGCCACAGCCACCACCACCGGCCCCCGCCAGCCCUUCAGCAGGGCCCGCUCAGGCAGCGCCAGAUACACUUCCAACACACGCCGCCGGCAGCAGGGCUCGGAUUACACGUCCACCUCUGAGGAGGAGUGCGGCUCCCACCACGGCUCCCCCAAACACACACGCCCCCAUGCCCCAACAGCCACGCAGACCCCGAGGGCUGGCAGCUCUAGCCGGGCGCAGUCCCGGGCCCCUGCGCCCCGGGACACAGAUGACGAGGAGGAGUCUGACCACUAUGGUUUCAUCGUGCAGACGGCAGAGAUUGCGGAGAUUGCAAGGUUGAGCCAGACACUGGUGAAGGAUGUGGCCAUCCUGGCCCGAGAGAUCCAUGACGUGGCUGGGGACAGUGACACGCUGGGCUUGCCAGGGCCCGCCCGCAGCCCCUCCCUCAGCAACAUGCCCAGCACCCCUGCCUCAACCAUCUCUGCUCGAGAGGAGCUGGUGCAGCGCAUCCCUGAGGCCAGCCUCAACUUCCAGAAGGUGCCGCCUGGUUCCCUGAGCUCACGGGACUUGGACCAGAACAUGAACGAUAGCUGUGAGGAUGCCCUGGCCAACAAGACGAGACCGCGGAAUCGAGAGGAGGUGAUCUUUGAUAACCUGAUGCUGAACCCGGUGUCACAGCUGUCCCAGGCCAUCCGCGAGAACACUGAGCACCUCGCAGAGAAGAUGAAGAUCCUCUUCCAGAACACGGGGCGGGCCUGGGAGGACCUGGAAGCCAGAAUAAAUGCUGAGAAUGAGGUGCCCAUCCUGAAGACAUCCAACAAGGAAAUCAGCUCUAUCCUGAAGGAACUGAGGCGGGUACAGAAGCAGCUGGAAGUUAUCAACGCCAUUGUGGACCCCAGUGGGAACCUGGACCUGCUCACAGGAAACAGGGGCUCCAUGGGCUCGGCCCAGCCGGGUCUCGGGAAUGGUCGUGUGGCUGCCCACAGCCCAUCCUCGCCCCCCUCUGUGGAGACCCUGCUGCCCACCUUGCCCCUGAAGAGCUUCCCGCAGCGGGCCAGCUGUGGACCCCCUGGCCUCCCAGACCCUGCCUUCCUCCCUGAUGGUGAGAGGUUCCUGAUCUAGGCCUCAGGACUGGCCGGGCUGGCCUCCCAGACAGCAUUCAACACCCCUGCCCGGUCACAACGGUUUUCCCUGAAGAUCCCCACAUGUGCCAUAUCCCCAUGGCAGGCAUUGCUCUUGCCUAGGCCCUCCUCAGCUCCUUGCCAGCACCCAACCCUAUCUAGCCUCUAUGGCCACCCCUGCCCACACAGGCCUCUGGCCCAGCUCCUGGUGUGGCCACUGCCAAGGGCAAGCCCGGGGGCACAUACCUGCCUCCUUUCCAUCACUGUUGUUUUUGUUUUUAGCUUUAAAGGAAAAGUUGUUCGUGCCAUUGCAGCUCUCUCUCCAGGCCUAACUGAGAUGCCUCCCUGGGUUGGAGGGGCCCAGCCAGCCUCCUUGGGCAGCUCCCUGCACUGACCUAUCCUGUCUUUGUGUGCUAGGCAGAGGCCAGAUAGAGGAAGUGAGGCAGGCUAUGGGUCAUUCAGUGCCAAAUGCAGAGGUAGGAGGGUCUCAGCUGUCCCUGGGACUUUCGAGGAAGACCAGGCACUUGCCCUGGUGGCUCUUGCCUGACCCCAGCCCUGGAGCUGUGCCCAAGCCCAGCAGCCUGGGGCAGGCUGGUGGCCCAUGGAUACGUUUUGGGCAGGGACCCCAUUGGUUCAGGCCUUUGGUGCCAACACAACUGCCAAACCCAUUGAGCGUAGGGGUUGUCCCAGCUCAAUGCUGGUGCGCACAGGUGUGUACAGGUGGAGAGAUGUGUACACCCUGCAGCCAACCCAGGCAAAUCUCCAGGCCACACUGAGGACCUGCAGGGUGUGUCCCAGAGAGGUAUCCUGGGCUCUGCCCCUAAGCUUCUGGUGGGUCUGGGAGCAAGGCUGGAGACAGUUCUUUCAGGUGGAGGCGAGAGCUAGACCAAAGUGAGCGUAAAGCAAAUAGCUGGAAGCUCCCACUGGGUGCCUAGCCAGCAUGCCCCAUCUGGCCUGGCCCCAUACUCUUGUGGGCCCUGAGUGGGCACCUGCAGCAGGUAGCACCUGGCAGGGUAAGGGCAGGGAUUGGCCAGGAACAAUCGUGUCUUCUCAGGAUCCUCUCGGCUGGAAACAUGCCGGGUGGGCAGAGAGUGCCUCUCUGCUACAGCCCAUGUUGCUGGGGUCUCUAAGCCAAAGAGCCUGCUGGGGGUCAGGUGGGCUGCGGGGUCCCACCUCCACCAGACUGGCCCCAGGCAAGCUCUACACCCUCCUGGCAUCUGUGCAGAGCUGAGCCUGGGGGGAACUAAAGCUGCGUGGCCCAGUAUUCACUCAGCUGGUGGAGUUCAGUGUGUGGACUGUGCCCCUACAGCCCAGUGUUUAUGUGGUGGGUGGGUGUCCCCACCUGGUCCCGAGAGCCUGCUGUCCACACAGAGGAGGUGCUGGCCUGGGCUGUGCCCACCCUGCAUGCCCGCACGGUUGCCCUCACAGCCUGGCUGGAAGCACAGGCCAUCCUUCUUUGUCCCAAGCCUCCUCCACCGCCACCCCAGCCUCGGCUGUCACCCGUUUCUUCUAUCCACACAUUUGUGCUCCUCCCUUUGUUGAGUUCUUGUCCCUGCCCUUCCCGCCUUCCACUUGGGGUCGGUGGCUUAUGUGGCUUCUUGGAGGUUUCACUGCACAUUUGUUCUCAGGUGGUCUUGUGGAUGUCUUUCAGAAAAUAGUUAUUUUAUAUGAUUUGUCAUGGAAUUUGUUCUAAUAAAUCAUUCUUCUAUCA